AUGAUAUCAACAUUUAUCUUACUUGUAAUCUUUUUCAAUAAACUAUCAGCUCAAUGCUCAACUCUCGAUUCUUGUGUGAGUUGUGCCGGAGUGACUAAUGGCCCAUUCACUUGCAGAUGGUGUCUCGAUACGUCUCGGUGUGUUUCUGGAAUGAUGGCCUGUCAAUCGAGUACAGUCGUCUCAUCGUACAACUGCCCGCGAAAUAUCUCCUCAAUUGUUUUCCCUGAAUUUUAUCUCGGCACUCGAGUCGUUCCGAUGAUCCGUGCCGCUUCAUUAGUCCUCGAAUGGGAGGAAAAUAGGGAAAUUUUACCAAUUCUCGAAACUCUUCCCAGCAAUGGUUCGGGAAUCAUUCGUUAUCGGAAUGCGACCGCUUGCCACGUGGGCGAUGCUUCUGUAAUUGUCGUUUCAAUGGAUUCAUUGAAAGAAGUUCUCAUCGCAUUUGAUUCAAGCAUGGGCGUGAAUGAAAUAAUCGCUCAAAUCUUUGAUUUCCUUCUCAAUCGUCAAGAACCCUACCAGUUUGGAGGAAAAGUGCUCACAUAUUACAAUUCUUGUUUUCUCACUCUCUGGAAAGUGGGAUUGGGGAAUUUCCUUCAGGCUUACCUUAAUGGAACUGGAAUGAAAUCAUGGAAUAUCUUAGUAACAGGUGCAGGUGUUGGAGGUUCACUUGCUUCAAUGCUUAUCCCAGCUCUUUCAUCACUUCAUCCACUUCAUAUUCGUUUGAUCACGAUCGGUCAAACGAGAACUGGAGAUAUCGAGUUUGCGAUAAAUGUUGAGAAAAAUGCCCAAUCGGCUUUUCGAGUUGUUGUUGGGGCAGAUCUUGUAGCUGAUAUGCCAAAAAGGAUUGGUGACUCACUCGACUUGGGACAUCAUUUUGCAUUUGAGGUCUACUACCCGAAUGGUCUCUCCCAUCCUUAUAUAAUCUGUGAUCAACCAGAAACUCCCACUUGCAGUAUGGGAGUUUUCUUCAAAGUACCCUGGCUGAAUAUGCUUUAUUUGACAAAAUACGAU